UUAUUUGGAGUUCAUCAUUACAAUAGAUCAUUUAAAUAUCCUUUUAUCCUCUUGAUGUUUAUCAUACGCCAAAGUUACAAAAUUAUUGCAUGCUAUAUAUGUAUUUGUUUAUGACAUAAAAAUCGCUGUGAACGGCAGUCCACUUAUUGAAAAAAGUUUGUUCGCAUUAUUGUACUCCAGAGGUGUCCAAUUUCCUGACCCGCGGGUUAAGGAGUUUCCCUCCCGUCGCUCAGUGUAUACUACGGAUUUGGCAGGCGUGUGCGGAUGAGCACAUGCGAACGAAAUUCAAAUCAGUCGUUGUUCAGCCGCCAACGAAGCAAGCCUUCGCUGUGCAACGUAUAUUUUUAUGUAGUCAAUUAAUCCAUAUACUGAUGGUUAAUUUAAAAGAAACAUUAAUUUUAUAUGUAAAGUGUGUUUGCAUAAGAUAGCUAAGCCGCAACAAGCAAUACGUAUAGUUAUACUCGGAACAAAUGCAGAAAUAUUCCGGAAAAACUACAGAAGCCUUCCGAUGGAAAUGUUAAGGAAUACCUGCUUUGGAAAACAUUUCUUUUCAGGAAAUGCCCUUAAAUCCGUUUAUCUGAAAUGUUUCUAUUGCAAAUUAUUGCAAAAUAACUAUUCAUAUGAUUCAUAACGCCUAGAAAAAUGUAAUUGAAAAAUUCCUACUUAUCUAUGAAAACAAAAAUUGUGAAAGAAUAUUUCCAUUUCGACUUUUGGAAAACUCAAUAGUUAAGCUGGAAAACAGCUAUAGCUAGCUAAAUUUUCUGCGCCCAUAUUUUUUGAACACUAAACUUACUUUGUUCAAAUUAUCAGAUUAGACUUGGAAUAGCAAAGCCAGAUGGAACAUUUAAGAUAAGCCCAAAAGUAUGCAGCAAUCUCAAUAUGAAACGCUUGAAAUCAAAAUAAUAUAUAUACGUUGAAAAGUUAAAUUUUUUUGAGUGGAAAAUCAACCAAUGCUCAUUAUUAAUCACUGAUUAUUAUAACAUUAUUUGAAAGCAAAAUACCAAAUCAUUGAGCUAUAGCUAAUGAUUAGCAAUUAUUGAUAAACAUUUGAUUGGUACCAAAAAAUAUAUGUUUUCGCCACACAUAGUCUUUUUGCAGUAAUGGUGGAACUUGUAUCUAGCAGAUUGAUUCUAGUAAGCGCUGCCAUUUUAUGCAGCUUAAGUUCAAGAAGCGAAUGCCGGUCAAAGUCCCGAUUUAUCAACGUGCAGUGCGAAUCCUACAAUGAGUCGUAUGCAGCUUUUGAGAAAUGUAAACUCAAUUUACUUGGAAGAGGUCGUGUGGGAGCCGACGUGUAUCUGAAGCUGUUUCAAACGCCCAUAGACAACUGUUGGAUUAAUUGGUCCAUGUACCGCCGCUACAAUGGAUUUCGUCCGUUUCUGUACAAUAUCAGCACCGAUCUCUGCCAGCUUUUGGGUAACCCGAAUGCCCUAUCGUUUCAAGGACUCGUUAUGAAUGCCAUUAAGACGGGCUCGAAUUUAAAUCACUCGUGUCCGUAUAACCACGACAUUAUUAUGGAUAACAUGGAAUUUUCAGAUGAUUUCCUUAAGACUUUGCCGCUACCGCAAGGGUCGGAAACUGUUACUAUUCCGCGAAUCUAAUAUACUCUAUUAUGCAAGGC